CUGCAGUUCGCACCCUGCGCUCGGCAUAAAAUAGAGCCGUUCUGUUACCUUUCUUCUCCCAUUCAAACUUCACAUAGAGCCGUUGCUCAGCACUCGCGACCCACUACCAAUCCUCCAAGCACAACAACCAAUCUUUGCAAGCCGUCCAAAGACGCCGCAGCCGCCGCCGCCGACGCCAUGGGGAAACUCGGAGCCAAGUCCGACUACGAGAGUCUCCGCGACGCCCGCAUCUCCGAGAACAUGGCCCGGAUGGAGAUGCUCGGCCUUCUCCGCUGCGCGGGGGAGCUCAGCGACAUCGCCUCCGCCUCCAGCCACCGCGCGGCAGGGAGCGCGACGCCUCGGAAGACCCCCAGGCCACGGGUGACGAGCAUGACCCCGCUCCGCCGCUCCGGCCGCCUCCUCGCCGCGACGCCGACCCGCCCGACCGGAUCCGCGUCGACGCACCGCUGUUCCACUCGGCUGAAUGGACAGGGCACAGGGGUUCUGAGUAAGUUGACGGCGGCGGGAUCGGAGGAUGAGGAUGAUACAUGGGAAGAUGAUAAGGAGGGGAAGUGGGCGGUGGCGGUGGCCAAGGAGAGGGUACAGGCGCUGCAGGAGAGGCGGUGCGACAGCAGGGGGAGGGGCGGCGUGUACGACUCUGUUCUUGGGAUCUGCUGCCAUUUCUGCAGGCAGAAGAAAUUGUGCGGCGAGGAGGACUGCAAGCGCUGCGGGGAAGGAGACCUGAAGCAGCCAUGCUUAGGAAAGACGGAGUGCUCAUCUUGCCAUUCUUCUAAUGGGAUACUCUGCCGUGGUUGCCUGAAAGUUAGGUACGGCGAAGAGAUGGAAGAGGUGCGGAAGAACAAGAACUGGCUGUGCCCUCACUGCGUUGAGGAGAAGGGUAUCAAGAAAUUCUGGAUAUGCAACAGCUCCUUCUGCUUGAAGAAGCGGAAGAUACCACCGACUGGGAUUGCCAUAUAUAAUGCAAGGGAGCAAGGAUACGAGUCAGUUGCGCACCUUCUGAUGGACAGGCUGAAGCGACAAGCUUUCUGAUGACGACUGGUGUAAUGGUGUUGGCACGUUCACUUCUACAGCGACGAUGAUGACAUAGAGAUUGUAGUGGCAGUCUGUUGUCUGACGACGUAUGGUUUUGCAUGUUUCACUUCUGCAGUGGCUUAGUGAUGAUGGUAGAUUGGUAGAGGUUAUAGCGAGAGUCCGUUUGUCUGGCAGUUCCGAUAGUAGGCAUCUUAGCCUCUAGGAGAAAAUGUUUCUGUUGAAAUGAGUUAGACUUUUUGGCCCAAGAAGAAUGUGAAGCUAGGAACUCUCGGUAGUCUGAUGUUUCAGAGAACAACCUCAGCGGCCUUCUGACUUCUGAGUGGCAGCAUGUCUGUUUAUUGUAACCACAUUUUGUUGAGGGUCGGGGCAACCAUGGUGCACAUGCACAGUCUAUUUAUUUUCUGGAUUUGAAUCCAGCUGGCUAAGAGGUGUUUGAUGUUA